GCUUCUGAGUGCAAACAGAAGCCUACGAGUAAAACUACUUUGGAGUUCUAACAGAAUCAAUCAGCCAUGGUUCUUUCUGUUGUGUCAAGAGAGUCAGAGGACGGAUCAUCUUCCUUUGUUAGUCCAGUUUUUGCCUCCAGAUAUGUGCAGGAACCUGUUCCUAGGUAUACAAUGCCAGAAAAAUCAAUGUCAAAGGAUGCAGCUUACCAGCUAAUUCAUGAUGAGCUACUGCUAGAUAGCAGCCCAAGGCUGAAUUUAGCCUCAUUUGUAACCACAUGGAUGGAACCUGAAUGUGAUAAACUCAUCAUGGAAGGCAUAAACAAAAAUUACGCAGACAUGGAUGAGUAUCCUGUCACAACUGAGCUCCAGAACCGUUGCGUGAAUAUUAUUGCACGUUUGUUCAAUGCACCAAUUUUGAGCAAGGAGACAGCAGUUGGCGUAGGGACUGUUGGGUCCUCAGAGGCUAUAAUGCUCGCAGGAUUAGCUUUUAAGAAAAGGUGGCAGCAGAAGAGGAAGGCUGAGGGGAAGCCCUUUGAUAAGCCGAAUAUUGUUACUGGAGCUAACGUACAGGUGUGUUGGGAAAAGUUUGCAAGGUACUUUGAGGUGGAGCUCAAGGAAGUUAAGCUGAGGGAGGGAUUUUAUGUCAUGGAUCCUGUGAAAGCCGUGGAGUUGGUGGAUGAGAACACUAUUUGUGUUGCCGCCAUCUUGGGCUCUACACUUAAUGGAGAGUUUGAAGAUGUGAAGCUUCUUAAUGAGCUCCUGAUGCAGAAAAACAAAAGAACAGGGUGGGAUACUCCCAUACAUGUUGAUGCUGCAAGUGGUGGAUUCAUCGCGCCCUUCUUAUUUCCUGAACUUGAAUGGGAUUUCAGACUGCCAUUAGUGAAAAGUAUAAAUGUAAGUGGACACAAAUAUGGCCUGGUAUAUGCUGGUAUUGGAUGGGUCAUUUGGAGGAACAAAGAGGAUUUGCCUGAAGAGCUCAUCUUCCACAUCAACUAUCUUGGAGCUGAUCAGCCCACCUUCACACUUAACUUUUCAAAAGGAUCCAGUCAAAUUAUUGCACAAUACUACCAGUUCUUGCGUUUAGGAUUUGAGGGCUACCGCAAAGUGAUGCAGAAUUGCAUGGAGAGCGCUAGAAUUCUGCGAGAGGGAUUGGAGAAGAUGGGAUGUUUUGAGAUUAUCUCUAAAGAGGAAGGUGUGCCUCUUGUGGCAUUCUCAAUCAAAGGCCAAAAGAAGAGCUUGGCUUUCAAGUUAUCAGACAACUUGCGACGAUUUGGCUGGAUUGUUCCAGCUUACACUCUACCAGCUCAUGCUGAACAUAUCACAGUUCUUCGUGUUGUCGUGCGUGAAGAUUUUGGGAGGCCAAUGGUAGAGAAGUUCCUAUCACAUUUGGAGAUUGGAAUGAAUGAAAUUGACAUCGCCGUGGAUGUGCCAAUCCCUCGAAUCAGAUUUACUGUAGAGCUUAGGCCUAGUCAUGAUGUGAUAGAUGGAGAUGCUUGCGGUAUUCCCAAAGCUGUGAUUGUGAGUCAACAGGUAGAACAUAUUGAGAAGAACAUACCUCUUCUGAGUGGGAAAACUAAGGGAGUUUGUUGAAUGCUAGUUCAAAUUAGCUCUUAUAUGAUGGGCAGUGUGAUGAAAUGGAAGAAUAUGAAUAUUAAGAAGUGUUGCAUUGUUAAAUUUACAUAGAAAUGCUUUUUUUGUGUUA